AUGAUCGAACGUGUCGGUCGUCUCUACAGUCGAUCACUCUAUCGUCAUCCUGCACUUUUUCUGAUUGUUCCCCUACUGAUAACUACAGUAAUCCCUUCCGUACUAUUAUGGUUCUUUCCAAUCAGGUUGUCACAGAAUGCGGAGAUUGGCUUCGACACAAAAGACACAGUACUCUCGGGUCCUCGUUUAGCAUGGGCUCGUAUUCAACCGAGUCUCAUGUUCAGUAAUCGAAUCGCAUUUUCGAAUCCCCGCCCAAUCGACACAGAUGUUCAACAGCCGACGGUUCAACCAGUAAGCAAGAGAGUUCGGAGAAGUUGGGCUGACAAUUUGUUAUCAGCAAUCAAUCAAGUCGCUUGUUAUGAUUCUCCAAUCCCAUUGAUGGACCAUCUAUCCCAAGUCAUUCUCGAAGUUCCCAACUACGAUGCAAUUUUCGAUUUGAAAUUUCUGGAUAAACUAUGUCAAAUGCAACCGAAUAUCUCAAAACCACUAUCCAGAUUUGAUUCAUUCACUCCGUAUCGGAAUAUUUGGAGUGUUGCCAAUAUGUUCGCAUGUAUUUCCCCCAAUUUGAGAGUCAAUUGCACACAAUUGGAUGAGUCCGACAUAAAAAUCGUGCGUAAGACCAUCGACAAUUGCUGGAAAUACCGUACUCCAAUCUUCGAAUGCCGCAAUGAAAAGUGCCAAGGAACAUGCUCUACUUGCCGAGAUCUACCAGAGGAGUGUUCCUCUCAAAUAAUCCAUGAUUUAUUCUACCGGCUGCUUCCAAAGAAUCGAGAUGAUUCCCCAUUUCUUGUCAACACAUUCUUGCCAGUUUUCACUUUAACUGGCUAUAUAACCCAGAACAUUCCAGUUGAUGUGGUACUGUAUGAUGCUCUCGAAAGUUCUAUUAUUGAUUAUUCGAAAAAGAGCAAAUUUGAAUUGAAAGGUCAGAUAUAUUUGAUCGUUAAUCAAGAGAAAAAUAUAUUUCAAACUGAAAGGAAGUGUUUGAAACAGCAAAAAAAAAUUCUAGGUCUUCUGAUGGAUGUCAAACGAGACCGUCUUCUUGCUGCAGCUCUUCGUGACUCUAUUCUCGCCCUUCUGGCUGCUGGAUUAGUUAUGAUUGUUGUUGCUGUACACUCUCAAUCUCUACUGUACGCAUUUGUUGUGAUUCUCCUCUUGGCACUUUCAGUUGUUGGAGCUCUUGGCGUCUACAGUCUCUUCACGGACGAGUUUCCACUUCUGAAUCUUGUCACCUUUGUUCUUCUUAUUGCUAUCGGAUCCGACGACGCAUUUCUUCUCAAAUCCAAUUUUCCCAAUCACUUAAACGAAGACACUUUUCAUACUUUCCUCACUCACACUUCAUUCACAAUGUUCCUGACGUGCUUCUCCACAGUUGUUCCAUUUUUCAUCAAUAUCACAUCGAAUGUCAUCGUUUUUCGCUGUUUCGGAAUGUUCGCCGGUGUUACCGUAAUCUUCAACUACUUUAUGGUCGUCUCAUUUCUCCCGGCUUUUUUGUUGAUUCAGCAUAGACACUUGGAUUGUUUCACUGGAUUCAAAUUUCCAUACAGAUCCGUGUUCUCUCAUUUGCUCUAUGUCUUACUGCCUCAUGUUUUGGUUCAGGGUCGCUAUCUUCUAAUGGCUCUCUUAUCAAUUGUGGCUAUUGGCGGAGCAGCUAUCACUUAUCAGGGACUCCAUCUUCCUGAAUACAACCCUCUUCAACUUUUCACAUCGGAUAAUUUACAUGAAUGGUAUGAUAACAAUGCGGAGAAGAAUUUCGAAUUCGUCUCUUCCAAAAUCGCUCUUCCCUUAACUUCUCGCUUGGUUUGGGGUGUUGAACCCAUCUACUCUUUGUCCACUUUCCGAGCCAACGCCACGUCACCAUUACGUACUGAUAAGAGCGCUUUUUCUGCUGUUAGGUUCGUCACUAAAAACAAUUGCCAUUUCAGAUCUGACCCAUUCUUCGCUUUGAAAACCGCCAGUGACGUCCAUAAAAUUGCGAGAUCUCUGGAAAAAGCGAGACAACUACCAUUUGUGAACCAUCAACCGAAAUUCUGGCCAGAAAGAUUUUUGGAUUGGUCAGAUAAAUAUCCAUGUGCUAGAGGAUUCUUGUGCUGUAACAUGUCGAAUCCUUUAUUCUCAGAUUCAUAUCUUGACUUCUGCCUUCGGAAUUCUACCUCUUUCCUCGCCACGUCAUACAACGAUACUCCGAUUUUCGACAAUCAGACAUUUGCAUUCGUUGGCUACACAGCAAUGCUUCCAACUACUUUAAAAUACAAUCAUCGGUUUUCAAAAUUGACGAAAUCGUUUGAAAUGCUCGAAAUGACGAAACCAGAUAAUGGAUGGUGGGCGCCCGAGUGGUGGUUGAUGAGCACAUGGUUCGAUUUGCUCAGCUCAAUCGUUCAGGACUGUUUGAGUUCUGUUCUCGGAUCGCUUUUCUUCGUCGCAAUUUUUGCAUUCAUUCAGUUGAAAUGUCAGGCCUUGGCUGCAGUAGUGACCAUUGCCGGAGUUAUAUGCACCUCAUCUGCCAUUGUAACCCUUCUCGGAUGGGUACUCGGAGUUCUCGAAGCCGUUAUUCUCGUCCUUGUCGUUGGUCUUUCAUUCGAUUAUACUCUUCAUUACGGCGCUGCUCUUCCGGAACAGGGAUGUGCGGAGCAUCGAAUCAGAGAAGCCACGUCUAAGGGUGUUGGACCUGUUACAUUGGCUGCGUUUACUUCUUUUUUGGCUGGAGCUUCGAUGCUUCCCGCGUUGACUCAUGCUUUUUAUCAGGUCGGUGUGUUCCUCGUCGUGAUUUCCAUCACUUCAUGGACCUUCUCCACCUUCUUCUACCUUCCAAUGCUCUCAAUAACUCUUCCCCGUCAAUCGGGUGACUGUAAAUAUUGUGAAAAAACCAAUCAAAUGCAUUUAUCCCCUCGUCGAUAG